UUUGGCUGUAUUAUUUUCAAUCAUGUACUGCCGCAGCAGUGAAACACUCAUCCAGACUGAAUCAGAAGCUACUCUCAGACUGAUUAUAGCAGAACUAUUGUUUUAAAAUAAAGAGAUAAGAAAUUUAAAAGCCCAUCACAAACAGGAAAACACGCUGUACAUAUCAAUCCUGUAAAGAGGAGCGUUUUCAAAUAGCUGCUCUGUAUUGUGUGCUUGUUCCUAGGAAUCGGAAGCUCAGUUUUCCUUUGUGCAGUGAGGGGAGAAAUAGCCAAGGGCAGAAUAUAGGACUUAUCCUAUCACAAGUUCAGUGUGAUCUGUGAAGACGGAUUUAGGAUUUUCUUUGAACUGUUAUAUAGAGCUAAUGUCUUGGUCAUGCAGGAUAACGAUUGCGGGGAAAGCUUUAAUUGACCCUAAAUAAAGCUAUUUUUGAGUUGAACUGGAAAGCAACAUUUCAGUCAGCUGAGGAAAGUGUGCUACCAAAGGAUGGACAGGAUGAUCUCUCAAGACUCACUGCACCCCCCGUCCUUCAGCCGCUCCGUGUCCCAGGAGUCCCUGGACAGCACUUCUAUUGACGAUUACUGGAGCGAGGUGAAGAGCAUCGAGGAGAGCGCUGAGAACGGGCAAGACCAGCAUGCAGCGCUCGAGGUCAAGUCAGCUGAUGAGGGGGAGUUGGAGGAGGCUUGGCUUCAGGAAGCGGGGCUGUCCACACUGAUGUCUGGAUCGCCGGGGGAAGAGCCUGCUGAGGCCCUCUUCUCAACUCUGACCCGCAUGCAGGCCGCCGUUGUCAAAAAGCGCAUUGACAACUACACCCAGACACAGCGCAAGAAGAAGCCUGUCAGAGAUGUCCGAGACAUCUUCGCUGUUGAAGACUCCCCACCUGUAUUCUGCUCGGGAGCUGGUUCACCCAAUAGCGCUCUGCUGUCAUCCAAGCUAUUUUUCCGGACAACAGGAAGAUUGGAAAGCUGUGCAUCAGACUGCAAGCUGAACAAAGACAGCCCAUCUUUGCCAGAAGAGUUGAACCUCGAUGUGCCUUACUCGGAGUGUGCUCUUAGGAAAGACUGCCGGAGAAACCAGAGAAUAAAGAAGGAUGAUGCAACUUUGCCUAAGUUUAUGAUUCGUAAAGCGAAACUUGGGCUCACAGUCGUGGGAGACCUGUCCCAGGAGGAUAUGAAGAAAAUUGGUUACAUCUCGCUGAUCGAGCUAACUGCCUACUUUGAAGCUCUGGGAAUCGAGCUGAAACGAAACAGGACAGUGAAGAAUAAAGUACGAGAAUAUGGCCUCUUUGGGGUUCCCCUCACAACACUACUUGAGAAUGACCAAAAGAAGUUUCCUGGUUCAAAAGUACCCCUCAUUUUCAAAAAGCUGCUGUCCAAGCUGGAACAAACAGGUUUACAGACUGAAGGAAUCCUCAGAGUGCCAGGGUCUGCCUCAAGAGUGAAGAAUCUCCGUCAAGAGCUGGAAGCAAAGUUCUAUGAAGACACUUUUGAGUGGGACCAAGUGAGGCACAAUGACGCAGCUGGGCUGCUGAAGAUGUUUAUAAGGGAGCUGCCAUAUCCCUUGCUAACUGUGGAAUAUCUCCCAGCCUUUAUUGCAGUGGAAAAUAUCUCUCCAUCCAAGCUUCAGCUACAAGCCUUGCAUCUCCUCAUGAUGUUGCUGCCUGAACCCAACAGGGACACGCUUAAGGCUUUGUUAGAGUUCCUCAGUAAAGUGGUGGCUAAUGAGGAGAAGAACAGAAUGAGCUUAUGGAAUGUGUCCAUGAUCGUUGCCCCCAACCUCUUCAUGUACAAAGGCAAAACUGCUAACCCACAGGAAAUGCAGGGUGCAGCCGGAGCAGCACAUGUUGUGCGAUUGCUCGUGAAGUACCAGGACAUUCUCUGGACAGUUCCAUGCUUUAUCAUCUCCCAGGUUAGAAAAAUGAACGAAGCUGCUAUGAACAAGAAACACCAAGCGUCUGACAAAAGUAAAAAAAAACUGUUGAGAAGGUGGAAUGCAGAAAGGGAAAAAACUGAGAGGAGCGAGCUUUGUGACAUACCUGAAGGAGUGAUACGGGUUCACGCUCCCCUACAUGCCAAGGUUUCCAUGGCAAUCCAGCUUGAUAACGAGACAAAAGCCAGGGACGUUAUGGCUCGAUUUGACUGUGAAAACAGAAGUGGGCCCCGAGGCUCAGUUAGAAGACAGAAACAGUAUCUCUAUGAAGUUGGUGGAAAUAUAGGUGAGCGAUGCCUGGAUCCAGAAACGUAUCUCCUAGAUUUAUACCAUGUGAAUCCUCAAUGUGAAUGGAUUUUAAAGCCCAGAACAACAUGAAGCUUUAUGGAAAAGCAGACACUCCCCUCUCAUCAAGGAAGCACUGGUUACUGCCCCCUACAGGAAUGUCUGGAUUUCAUGCUGGUGGAUUUGAGGAGAUGAAAGCAACUGGUUUGGAUGCACCACUAUGAACCACCUGUCUCUAAAGGAUAUUUUUGCCACAGACAGGUGGUCAAUAUCUUCUGCAGACACUUGACCAUUUGUGUGUGUGUGUGUGUGUGUGUCUAUCUAUCUAUCUAUCUAUCUAUCUAUCUAUCUAUC